UGUCAUUUCCUCAUAUUGUGUCAAGAUUAGAAGCUCUAUAAAUAUCCAGUGAUUCUACAGUGAAGGCAGAAGGUGCUAAGAAGACAGAUCAUUCUUCAUCAGUUUGCCUCCAGCUUGCCUCAUCACUAGAUCUCCAUCAUGAAGUUGUCGGCUGUUUUCCUUCUUGUUUUCUCCAUGAUGGCUCUGACCAGUGGUCUCAGGUACUUUCAUCACGGACGAUUUUACUGGCGGCAUUUCAGGAUCUGUCCUCAUGGCUGGACUAAAAUCAACAGUCGCUGCUUUCGCUAUGUUGCCACACCCAUGACUUGGGCGAAUGCUGAGAAAAACUGUCUGUCUAUGGGAGCAAACCUUGCAUCAGUUCACAACUUGUACGAGUACCGCCAGAUUCAGGCUAUGAUACAUAGAAGAAGUUGUAAUUCCAGAGAAGCAUGGCUUGGAGGCACUGAUGCACAGCAGGAGAGAACCUGGUUGUGGAGCGAUGGAAGUCCUAUGAGGUACACGAACUGGUGUCGAGGAGAGCCUAACAAUGCUGGAGGCAGCCAGCACUGUUUGCAGAUGAACUUUUCAGGUGCAAAGUGCUGGGAUGACUUGUGGUGUAAUCACAAUCUACCUUCUGUCUGCGUCAAGAGAUUCCGAAGACGUAUCUCCAUCAUGAAGUUGUCGGCUGUUUUCCUUCUUGUUUUCUCCAUGAUGGCUCUGACCAGUGGUCUCAGGUACUUUCAUCACGGACGAUUUUACUGGCGGCAUUUCAGGAUCUGUCCUCAUGGCUGGACUAAAAUCAACAGUCGCUGCUUUCGCUAUGUUGCCACACCCAUGACUUGGGCGAAUGCUGAGAAAAACUGUCUGUCUAUGGGAGCAAACCUUGCAUCAGUUCACAACUUGUACGAGUACCGCCGCAUUCAGGCUAUGAUACGUGCAGGAAGUUGUAGUUGCAGAGAAGCAUGGCUUGGAGGCUCUGAUGCACAGCAGGAGAGAACCUGGUUGUGGAGCGAUGGAAGUCCUAUGAGGUACACAAACUGGUGUCGAGGAGAGCCUAACAAUGCUGGAGGCAGCCAGCACUGUUUGCAGAUGAACUGGUCAGGUGCAAAGUGCUGGGAUGACUUGUGGUGUAAUCACAAUCUACCUUCUGUCUGCGUCAAGAGAUUCUGAAGACCGUGAGGUUCCCAAAGACGCCUGAUGUGUAAAACCGAACCAGUGGAGGAUCAGUGCUAGGUGUUUCUGUUUACCUGCCUUUCUGCAGCUUCAUAGAAAACCCAAAAGAUAUUUCUGCUUCUUUACUUCAUAUAAUUUCUCUCUUUACUGCAAACUAAGGAACGAAGCGAUAAGCAAACAGCAGCUGGAUUGUCUCUCUUUAAAAAGAGCAGACUGAAUGAGUUAUAAGAAAAAAUUAUCUAUGCAAAACUUUCUUCUAUUCUUUGGCCAAGCAAAAAUAAAACUUUGAGAAAUCAAAACAA